CAAAAUGAAGGCUUUCUUCGCUCUCGCUUCUUUGGCCGUGGCCUCUGCCGCUCCCCGGGCUGACAACCCCGCCCCUUACCAACCCGCUCCCUACAAGCCCGCCCCUUACCAACCCGCUUCCUACAAGGAGCCUUCUUAUGAUGAGCCCCCAAAGUACCAAUACAACUACGCCGUGGCUGAUGAGUACUCCGGUGUGAACUUCAACCAGAACGAGGGCCGUGAUGGUUACUCCACCAAUGGCGAGUACCGCGUUGUCCUUCCCGACGGCCGCACCCAAAUCGUGACCUACAACACCGCCGAUGCCUACUCCGGCAACGUGGCUGAUGAGUACUCCGGUGUGAACUUCAACCAGAACGAGGGCCGUGAUGGUUAUGCCACCAAUGGCGAGUACCGCGUUGUCCUUCCCGACGGCCGCACCCAAAUCGUGACCUACAACACCGCUGAUGCCUACUCCGGCAACGUGGCUGAUGUGCGAUAUGAGGGCGAGCCCCAAUAACCCAAGUACGAGCCCAAGCAAUCCUACAAGCCCGCUCCCAAGUACAAGCCCGCCCCCACCUAUGCCUAAGCGAUUGUGAUUUGAAGCCUCAUAUUUAUCGAGAUGCUAUUUAUUCAUCCAAAAUGAAAAAUAAAUCAUUUUGAUAAGUACCG